CACUCCUUCUGUUAAUGGCGACGAUCCACUUCGGAUCCCGUGCUGCGGGUGCACUGUCCCAAUCUGUGCUCCUUCUUCAUCAACAACGAGCAAAGAGAGGAUGUGUAAGGGUGAGAGCGAGAGCGAGUGGAGGAGGAGGAGAAUCAUCGUACCUGAAAAUGUGGAAGAAGGCGGUGGAGAGAGACAGAAAGAACACACACUUCAACAGAAUCGCUGACCGUGUAGCUUCUGCAUAUGACGGUAGUGUUAAGGAGGAUUUGGAGAAGAAAACAAACGAGUUCCAGAAGCUUCUAGAAGUUUCCAGAGAAGAACGGGACAGGAUUCAGAGGAUGCAGGUUAUUGAUCGAGCUUCCGCCGCAAUCGCCGCUGCCAGGGCCAUUCUUAAGGAAGGCAAUGAGGCUGAUUCCAACACCGGCAGCGACCAGCAACAACAACAACAACAUGGUUCAGGAAUGGAGACUGGGAAUAUUUUUGUGCCAGAGUCAGAAACUCAGAGAAACGGUAUCCCAGGCCCUGAUUUCUGGUCCUGGACACCUCCACUGGAUAGUGAUGUUCCUUCAGAUGAUAACAGUGGGUUGCAGUUAGAUACCAAUUCUUCAGUUUAUUCAACCUUAUCCAAUCCUGUUGCGGAGAAGGAAAGGUCGCUGGAAUUUCUCUCAAUUCCAUUUGAAAGUUUAUUUUCUCAAAGCAAACAUAGUUCUACUCUUCCAGCCCUUCAGUCAUCAUUAGAGGUUGAACCCUCCGCAUCCAAUAUGGAGUCUCCUUCCUUGGAAGAGGAACAGAAGCGUGGUGCACUCUCUUCUAGCCAUGCAGCGGAAGCAGCUCAUGCACUUAAUAAGGCCAAUAAUUCAUCGCCGAUUGGAGUGAAUCCAGAUGGAUCAAGAUGGUGGAAAGACACAGGAAUCGAGCAAAGAUCUGAUGGUGUAAUUUGCAGAUGGACAAUGACCAGAGGUGUUACUGCUGACAAAGCUAUUCAGUGGCAAGAAAAGUUUUGGGAGGCUGCUGAUGAGUUUGGCUAUAAGGAACUUGGUUCUGAGAAAUCUGGACGUGAUGCAAAUGGAAAUGUUUGGCAUGAAUUUUGGAGAGAAUCCUUGCGUGAGGAUAAUGGGCUUAUGCAUAUGGAGAAAACUGCAGACAAGUGGGGAAGGAAUGGCAAAGGUGAUGAGUGGCAGGAAAAAUGGUGGGAACACUACAAUGCCUCUGGUCAAGCAGAGAAAUGGGCGCACAAGUGGUGCAGUAUUGACCCAAACACACCCCUUGAAGCUGGGCACGCUCAUGUUUGGCAUGAAAGGUGGGGUGAAACAUAUGAUGGGUAUGGUGGCAGCACAAAAUACACUGACAAAUGGGCUGAGCGCUCAGAAUAUGGUGGAUGGGAGAAAUGGGGUGACAAAUGGGAUGAAAGUUUUGAUCUAAGUGGUAAUGGUGUCAAGCAGGGGGAGACCUGGUGGGAAGGUAAGCAUGGAGAGCGCUGGAACCGAACUUGGGGUGAGCAACACAAUGGUUCUGGAUGGAUUCACAAGUACGGCAAGAGCAGUAGUGGGGAACACUGGGACACACAUGUAAGGCAAGAUACGUGGUAUGAGAGAUUCCCUCAUUAUGGUUUCUUUCACUGUUAUGAAAACUCAGUCCAGCUCAGGGAAGUUCCUAAACCAUCUGAAAUACAGGAACCUAAUUUGCCGAAACUUUCUGAAAUACAGGAACCGUAAUCACCUCCUCCCUCUAUCCACAAUAUUCAUAGGUCACAGUAUCCUGAGUAUAGUAAUACGCUAACUUAUGUGAUGAUCAUAUCAAGCUCUUCUGAAAGUGUAAGGAGUGAAUAGUAUGUAUCUCGUUUCCAACACUAGCAAAAUAUGUAUUAUUGUUGUUUGACAAUUUCUCUGUGGCUGAACCUUUAUUAGAAGUUUUUACAAUUUUGUUUUUGCGCUAAAGGAUGGUAUUGAGG